UAAUUGCAUUCGAAGUUCAAUAAAAGCAUUUAAAAAAAAUGAGUGACGGAAAGGAACAGAAGCCUGGCGAUGGCAUCCGCUCCAUGCGCAGCACGGGCGUCUUCCGUUUGAUCAACUUUGAACUGUACACAAAGCCGAACAUGGUCGUCAUGGGCCUGGGCUUGACAGCUAUAACUGGAGUCUUUGGAUAUAUUGCCUACAUGCGGUACAAGUACCAGAGUUUGGGCUACUAUGUGGCCGUCAAGGAAGACGGAAAGGAGGAGUUUAUCAAGAAGAAAUCAAAUUGGGAGUUGUAGCAUUGUAUCUUUGUGGAAACUUCUUUAUUCGCUUGAUAGCACAAUUUGGUACAUAAAUUUCUGUUGUUUCGAGUAA